AUGGCGAAACAACCCAAUGUUCUAUUAUUCGGUGCUGGCAGUAUAGGCGCGGUCUACUUACACCAGCUCCGCCAGGCUGGUUGCACUAUCACUGCCGUGUGUCGUUCGAAUUACUCUGCCGUUAAAGACGAUGGAUUCAGAUUGCAGAGUAAACGGUUCGGCGAUGUAAGAUAUAAGCCAGACAGCCUUAUCCGCUCUACAGCGGAAUGCCCUCCUGACUGCUUUUAUGACUAUAUCCUGGUGGCCACCAAGUCACUUCCAGGAAGCAAGCUCUCUGCUAUGGAUAUGAUCCGACCUGCCGUCGGCAACCACACAGAAACAGCGAUUGUGUUGUGCCAGAAUGGAAUCGGCAUUGAGGAUGAGGCUGCCAAAGCAUUUCCGCACAAUCCGAUCCUAAGCGGAGUCAUUUACCUUCCUGCUACACAGACAAGUCAAGGAAUCAUCCACCAUCCGGAGAUGCUCGAUCUUCUAGAAUUAGGCACCUUCCCUGCGAAUGCACCAGCAUCUCAUAAGACAGCUGCUGUCAGGUUCGCCGACCUGAUGGUGAAAGGAGGUGGAGAUGUUAAAGUUUAUGAUGAUAUUCAGGUGGCCCGUUGGUCGAAAUUGAUUCUGAAUGCAUCUUGGAAUCCCAUUUGUGCUCUGACAUUAUGUACGGACGGCGACUUUCUACUCUCUUCGUCACCCUUUGCUCACGAUCUUGUUUGGGGGUUGAUGAUGGAGAUUGUGGCGCUGGCUCGCACGAUUGGGAUACCGGGGGUGGAUGAGAAAACUGCCGAGGAGAAGCUUAUGAUAGCUCAGAGAAGAGCUAGCAGUGGGACUGGUCGAGAGAUGAGUAUGCUGCAAGACAUACGGCAGGGAAGGCUCUUUGAGGUAGAAGCUAUCAUCGGAAAUGCCGUUCGUCUGGGCCAGAAAUGGGGGGUUGAGAUGCCGCGGUUGCAAACAGUUUAUGCAUUGGCAAAGGGAAGAUAUGAAGGACUUUUAAAGGAGACCCAAAUUUAG